UGAGGACUAACUCAUCAAAAGUGGUUUCGUUUCAGUUUAUCUUUAUGUCGUGCUCGUAUUGCUAUUGAUCAUGAACAAUUCUACUAGAACCUGGUGUUUAUUAUCGCCUAAAUAUUGAUGUGGAGCCACGACCUGCGACAACAAUGACUACUAACAUCGCGACGCUGCAGACGGGCAGCAUGCAUGCUGUGUGCCGCUUCGUCUACGAUGAGGACUUUCCUACAGGUGUGGCAAGAGUCUUCGGCCUCACAAACCGCGAAACACCGCCCGCUUCACCACUGACUGUAUCCUCAUCUUCUAGGCAGAACGACACAACCGAGAGCGUCGUAGUUGUAGAUCUACUGCUGGCAAAACGACGGGAAGACAGCGGGAUCCAUGCGGCACAGGGAAAAGACGCAGAUAUGGAAUAUUUGGUACCGAUGUAUGAUAUAAUCAUGUCAAGGAGGACUAAACUUUAUUUAUCUUUCUGAGUCUGACGUUCUUCUUGAUCAUGACGUAGCUAAUUAGUUACUAGUUGCAGCGUAGUAAAACUUCAAAAUAUGCAGAAUAAAGAAGCACAGCAGCGAAACAUUGAAUCCGUGAUUACUGCUUAUAGUUACAAUUUUGCUGAAGAAAAUUUCUUGCAUGACGUCAGGUUCUUCAUGCAGUCAGUUCUGAUUUGAGGGCGGAGGGUGGGA